GGUAGCGUUGUGGCUAAAUUAUGCUGUCGAAUCUAAUGAAAAGUGCUUAAUUGUUUCGUUUUUCUAUAGUACAGGCUGAAGUCAUUAAUGAAACUAAACGUAAAAUGCUUCGAAACGCUUCACUUUCAACUAUUCUAAAUGAGGAAAUUGCUCUAGAAGGACUUGAAGGCACAACAUUAGAUACAUUAUGGAAUCACCUCGCCAUUCGUUUGAAAAUAAAAAUGCCAUUACCGCAGAAACUGUGUAAUUCAGUUUGGUCGCUGAUAUUGCAACACCGCGAAUACAAUUUUUACGUUUUACCGGAACCUCGUAAACCAUUCGUAUAUUUUGAUCGAAUGCAACAUAUUGAUCCAGCGACAGGUGUCCUCAAAGAGCCAAAAGAGUUUCCUGGUCAUAGAUUCAAAUACAAUCCUGUUGUUGAGGACAACGGUGCACGUGGAUCUUGCGAAAGCCAUGCAACUCGGAUGGUGAUACCCAGAGAACAACUAGUUCAUAUGACCGUUUUAGAAGCAGAAAACAGCUGGCCAUAUACAUUCGUAGUUGUUGCGUCACAAAAAAUGCGAGAAUCGUUUAUUUUAGAACCGAAUUUUUCAUUUGAUUUGACUAUUAUUCAAUAUUGUAUGUUAGAGUGGAUUGCGCGCUCACGUUACAACGGGGAGACAUCUCAAGGCAAAUAUUCGUUGGUUGAGCUGACGAAAGACUCCAGUAUACUUUAUUAUAAUCGCAAGUUUCUCACCGACUGCAAAUUGAUUAUCCGGCAGCCAUUAUGUCAACGGACCGGCGAAACUAGUAUACAAGGAAUGGUUUACCAUUUGCCUCGAUACUACAGUGAAAUGAAACCCAAAACUCUAGUCGUCACUGAAAAGGUUGUUAACAUUCUCAAACAAAGGCCUGGUUAUAUGGCGGACUAUGAUGAAAUAAAACAUAUUGUUUUGGGGCACGCAGAGGCUCGGAAGUGGUUUCGAGGAAACGAAUUUACCAAAUUUGUAAAGACUGAUGAAACCGUUCCGUAUCGAACAAUCUAUCCGGACGCGGAACCGCGCGAGUGGACGUUGAAAAACAAAAAAGGCGAGGAGAAGCAGGUUCGUAUUAUGCGCUUGAUUGACCCCAGUGCCGACGUGUACGAUCUUUGGUACAAAGAAGAAACAGCGGAGGAGGAUCAAAAGGAUGGGAUUUUAAACUCGCAAAAAGCAUACAUUGAUAUGCCGGUGUUACAGCAGGCCUACCAGGUCAUUGCGAAGACAGGUGAACACGGCAUCUCACAAACAGCACUAGCUACGGAAAUGGGGAUUGAUAAACUAAACGCCAGGGCAGUGGUGAAAAAUUUAAUGCGCUUAAAGGCUAUUGAAGGGCACGCAGUGGACGAAGGACGUCAGCGAACUACGAAGUAUUUCCUUCCAGGCAUUUCAAAAGGAACAGUAACAUUUGAUCGGGAAGCAAUUCAGCUGAUGAGCGCUCAUCUAAAUGUUCUGGAACAACAGCAACAGCAACAGCAGCAGCAGCAACAACAACAACAACAGCAGCAACACCUGGAAUCGCCAUCUACUUCCGGUGUGAGCGCGGUUAAUAGUAGUGAAGUGGACAGCAGCUUUUCGCUGCCCACUGACGUUCUGGAGGAUGAAUCUGAUGGCAGAGAAAGUACGAACAACAGUUUGUUCUGGAACUCAACCAAACCGGAGAUGUUGGAUUCAAUCAAUGUUGAAAUUAGCAUAAGUAAUCAAGUUUCAUUCCUGAAGAAAACACAAGAAGGUAUAGCGGCGAUGAUGAGCACUAAGCAUAUUAGUGCUAAAGUACUGAGACGAUGUAACUAUAUGCUCGAACUAGUUAAACAAUACCAAGUCAUUGAACCGAGAUUAAUUCAGAAAAAAAUUAAUCAAGAUGAGAAAGCUGCAGGUGCAAAGGCAGAAGCUUGUCACAAAUCAGUUUUGCGACUUUUAAGUCGACUGGCGGUGGACAAGUUCCUCAAAAUUGCUAACGUAAAGCUGACAAAAGAGGAUAAGGUACUGAAUAUUGCAUAUGCUUGUGACAUGACUGUUGAGAUGGACAAUCCAGUCUUACAGGCAAAGAUAGAGGCAGCGAAAUCCAGGCUUAUAAUGCAAACACCAACACCCCGUGUCGUGCGAAAACAAAUGUUGGACAAUGAACCUUUGGCUACGGGAUGUAGUUAUGAUGGAACCCUAGCUAAGUGUUUGCGAAUGAAGUUGUUCCAUGAAUUUCUAUUUUACGUGAUUUACAUCCAUUCGCCAGAGAGUGAAGAGCUUCCUAUUGAAUCAUUGAAGGGUCUAGGGUUUGAUGAUACGUUGGAAGGAUAUGGUAAAAUAUACAGCCGAGAUGAAUGGAAAAUGUUCAUUCCACCGUUAAGCAUGCUUGAAAACCUUGGAUCCGGAUGGGCUUUAUUAACGGAAAUUACUAUUCGAAUGCCACUUUCGAUUUUCUGCAAGAUUUGUACGUUUGGCUUUUACACUAAAGAUCUUGAUUAUUACUUAGAUCAUCCAAUACGGCGGCACAUGCUCAUCAAGCAACUUCCGAAAACUAUACGCCAGCAAUUAUUUCGACAGCGCAAGUACAUUUUUAAUAUUUUCGAACUUACGCAAAAGUUGUGUUAUGCCGGUCUUCUGCAAUUUGGACCACAAAGAAUGAAAGAUCGCGAUCAAACAUACAUCUACUUAAAUCGAAACACCGCCUUACUUGAUACGCGGAGCUCGAAGAUUGGAUACAAUGAAAUUGAAGACAAGGAGUAUCUGCUCAUUGGAUUUGCUUUCAACACAUCGGAAGACCUACGCAACUAUUGGGAAACUCUAUACAAGAUCGCAAUGGAAACACGACUAAAUCGGCGAAGUGUAGCAAUUGGUAAAGAGAUUAUAGUUCAGCAAAUUUCGCUUAAGCCUGCCAUGAUAGAAGCCUGUCAGCCACGUACUCCUGAGCAGGCAUUUGAAAAUGAUUUACAGAGAAUUCCACCGGGUGACAAUCUCGGCGCAGCGGGAAUGGAUACAGCCAUGUUUAUGCACUUGAAAGCAAACUGGAGUAAAGUGAUGAACUAUGUGCCAGCCGAUUCAACGCAGGCAGCUAAAAUAAAACGUUUAAAAACAAUUAAAAAAAUUGUCCAAAUGAAUCGUGAUAAAACGACAGCGGUCCGUGCGGGGACAAGCCGCAAGCUGCUCACUUCAUGCCCUAAAGACAAAAAGUUAUGCUUAAAGGCCAAAAUAACUGUUAAACCGUUUGCUUCGGCCUAUCGUAAGUAUGGCGAUAAAAGAAAUGCUAUCAAAGUGCGUCGGAUUGAGCCACGCACCUAUGGUAAGAAAAAGAGAAAUAUUUACGACGAAGUUGAUCGUAAAGCACUGAAAUUGAUGAAAAAACUGCGCGUAGAUUGGAAUCGCAAUGAGGAUACGGUACUAUUGGCAUGUCGUAUUGCUGCCAGGUAUCUAUAUGACGGAGUUGGCAUAUGUAAUUCUGUUAUUAAUUCCGUUCUCUAUCGAGACAUUUUACAUUGGUCAAAUGAAAGAUCCACCAAUAAAACAUCUCGUGCAUGUCAACGAAGAAUCAAUUAUAUGGUCAAGCAAAAGCAUGGGAUUGCAGCUACUAUCAAAAUGUGCGUGGAGGAAGCGAGACUGAAUCCGUCACUUGAACGUCGGUUUGGCGAUAACUUUUUAGAACAUUUGAAGGCGUUUUAUACUUCGAACGACGAAUAUAAUAUGGCUCUAAAGAUACACUUCGUGGAGCUAGUGUAUUUGCUCAAAACAACCCUAACCAAAUUGAACGUUGAAAGUUUUCGACCUGUUUCUGGUAGCAAAGAGCGGUUGAUAAUACCAAAUACUCUUUCCGAGUUCCAGCUACGAUUCAAUAUUUUACAAUCACACAAUAAAAACGAAACGCUAAACUUUGCGAUAAACCCACAAGAGAUGGAUAAAAUCGUCGUAUAUAAACUAGCAAUACUAAUUCAUAGUGCUGUCACCAAUCUCAAAGAAAAAAGCAUUUUCAACCUUCAGUUGUUCAAUAUCUAUAAAAACUACUCCGAAAAGCAUCUUGCUCAAGCAAUCAAAAUGCUACGCGAUAUUAAAAUGAUAUCACUCUCUCGCAAAAUAAAAUCCUAUCAAGGUGUGGACCCAAGUGCACUUCCAUGUUGGGAUAAUCCUUAUCACGUGUCUGCCACUUACUUGUAUCAAAUUUCCACAAAAAUACCAUUCGAAAUGUUUAAUUAUGUAUGUCAACACUAUCUGAAACUGUUGGCUAACAACAACUAUGAAGUACCGAUAACGUUCAACGAUGGAGGUAAAGGAUUGAUGUUACUUAUAGCUGAGCUGGUAACCAUGGACUUGGUUGAUAUUGAACUGGAAACACCUGCCGAUUACGUCCAAAUGGACCCAGAGCUGAAAGAUGCUGACCCAGAGGCGGCUGAAAUUUCAUCAGGUGAAUUAGAUGAAUACCCCAGCGCAAGUGUCAAUCCAGAAAUGGACAUUGCAAAAUCAAAAUCAGUUCCAAGUACCAAAUCGACCAACAUUCACUUCGAUUCCAGUGGGGACACAUUUUUUAAUUACGUAAUGCACCCAAUUGAAAAACUAACGAAAUUACCUACCGAGUAUUUACACUUUUAUUGCCUACUGAACAGUUGUCACGAGCGGGCUCACCAACGAGUAUUUCAAAUCGAUGAUACCCAUAACAUCUGUUCGUUACCCGAUUGCAUUUUACAAGGAGCUGAUCGUAAUUUGAUUCCGAAGUGCAUCGCAAUUGCGCUCGCCCGACGUGAAGUAAUCGAUAGGAUGAAAAUGUCAAAGCUGUCUAGAAUAGAACUUCGACCUAAACAAGUUAGUCAUGAGGACAAUAUUGUUCACUGCUUCUCAAAAAGCAUCCAAGAAUACUGUAAAACACAAACCAACUUGCAAAGCCGUGAUCUAGGACGGAUCGCUAGUGGACUACAUAAUCCUGUUAACAUGGUAAUUUUGACUGACGAAAUUAUUCGAUUCGAAGAUGUGCAGGAUUUCAACUGGUUAGACCGAUACGAAAUCACUCAAGUGGAAGAUGAUGGUAGCUCUUCGGACAUCGAUAAUGAUACCAAUGAUUCUGCGUUUGGACGUGAUCGAACAUCACGAGAAGAUCUAAGUGCGCAGAAGCUCCACAAUUUUUACAUGAUCAACUAUCUUAAAAUCAACUUACGACUAUGCUUCCAACAUUGGGACCAGUUACAAAACCGUGUUCAAUUUGGGGAGUUCGUUAUUCCAAGGUGCUUCCUACCGGGGAAAUUCGAAGAACGUCACGAUGUAUUGACCAGAAUCACAAAUGAUGCGUUAUGGCCUGCCCAAAACGAUUUACAGCCUUUACUAGAGCAAGCCACUCCACUUAUCCACAGCAAUUCACGUCUCUCAGCAUUGGCAUCAUUCAUCGAAGGCAAAAAACUGGCAGGAGCAACAGUUUCAGAGCUUACAGAACGUUUUGUCGAUCGUGUCCAAUUGAUUGGAGACCUAAAAACUUUGUUAACCUUUAAAUUUUUACUUCGAACUGGUUACCGACAUUUAACUUACGUUCAUUGGAUGUACGUCCAACCGUGGCUUGUACAGACUGACUGUGUGAUUCAACCAAAUGUCAAAAUUGUUAAACAGGAACCACGAACGUCUUCUCGGGACCAAAAACGACUGUUGGAUACAUGUUCCGCUGAAGAUGACGAUGAAUCGAACGAUGAACCACCCCGUAAAGCCCGUCGGUUUGAAAUGGCUCGGCAGAUCGAACUUGCCCAACAAAAGGUGAAGAAUAAACCAUUUAAAAGUCUGUUGUUGUCGAUGACUCCAUGGAUCAAGGUUAACGGAGGUGUCAAUCGGCGGUUGCUGUACCGAUGGCUUACUACUCUGUUGUUGUACUGCAUUUCCCAUCCAGGCGUGUUGGUAAGCGCGAUCCACUCUCGUUUUAAUCUGAUGGCACCGGUGCAUAUCAAUUAUUUGCUGGAGAUAUUACAAGAAUAUAAGUGUCUGCAAAUAUCCUUAAUGCAAAUACACCAACAUCGGACAUUGUUUUCUGCGUAUCGAUCUGUGGAAAUAAAGAAGGCAACUGAACUUGAUCGCGACGAUAUGUGCUAUGUAGAAACUGCUCCCAAUGCAUUGACUACGCUGACUACUUUAAUCGGGGACUACACAAAGAAUCAGGAGGAUUUUCUGGCACCGUAUAAACCGGCAGAAAUUCAGGAUGAGGAUGCAGACUGUUGAGGCUUAUUUUUUCCUGAACAUACCACUCAAAUACAAUAUC